AUUUUACUUUUCCAAUCCCUUUCUUCCUUCCUCUGCUCCGAGUCCACACACAGAUGGAAGCGGCAUCGAAAUGGAUGACGACGCCGAUGAUACCAUCGCUUCUCCGUUCCCUCCCGUUUUCCAACAACUACUCCGCAACUAGAUCGUUCUCCUCCUCCUCCUCCUCCUCCUUUUUCUCCACCAGAAGCCAUCGGCAGAAUCAACCACUGCUUGUCUCUGCUUCCUGCACAACUCCACCACUUCCCUCAUCGGCCUCCACGACUUCCUUCCAAGGCAUGGUGUUCGAUGUUGGCUCCUCGCCUUCCUGGGACAGCUACGAGAUCGGCUCCCCCGUCGUCAAACGUUACCUCGGCGACGACGAGGCGCGCUGGCUCAUGUGGUACCACGGAAGAGGCGACAAUGUUGACGGCGACUCCAUCGGCAUCGCAGUGUCCGAGGACGGCAUUGAAUGGAAGAGGGCAACCGGUGCGGUCGCUUCCGGCGACGACGUUGGCCAAGUCAUGCUCCCCAACUCCGACUGGUGGGCGUUUGACACGGCCGGCGUCAGGCCCUCGGACGUCCUCAUCAUGUCCAGCGAGAAGAUCACGACUCCGGGCGCCGUCUACUGGCUUUAUUACACCGGAUUUAGCCAGGAGAAACUGGAGAUCGCUAGUGAGGGAGCGGCAUCUCGUUCUCUCCCUCGGUCCGUGUCUCUUCCUGGCCUCGCCAUCAGCCAAGAUGGCCGCUACUGGGCGAGGAUCGAAGGCGAGCACCACAGCGGCGCCCUCUUUGAGAUUGGUUCCGCAGGGGAGUGGGAUUCCUCCUUCGUGGAGUCGCCAAAGCUUGUGUACCAUGGCCGAGAGGAUCUGAGGAUGUACUACCACUCGUUCGAUCAGGCGAACCGCUGUUAUGCCAUCGGCAUUGCCAGGUCCAGGGAUGGGAUUAGGUGGGUGAAGCUGGGGCAGGUCCUUGGCUGCGGCCCCCUUGGAGCUUUCGACGAGGCUGGUGUGAGGAAUGCCCAUGUCGUGAGGAACCAGAUAAAUGGUUCGUACUUGAUGGCCUACGAAGGUUUAUCUGUCGACGGGGUAUCACAUAUUGGCUUGGCGGUGUCUCUGGACGGAUUGAAGGACUGGAGACGGUGCAAUGGCAAGCCAAUUCUUGAGCCUUCCACUGACGAAGAUGCAUGGGAUAACAAAGGAGUAGGGGCGCCGUGUCUGCUCCAAAUUGCAGAUGGAAGGAAAGAAGAAUGGAGGUUGUACUAUAUGGGCAUCGGUAAGGGCAGAGGAACCAGGAUUGGAAUGGCUGUAUCUGAUGGCUUGGAGCACGGUGAAUUCAAGAAAUGGGUGGGAGCACAACUUUAAGCCAAGAUCAAUGGGCUAUUCAUCUCCUCUAGUCCUGUCACACCUGGACCUAGCACAGAGCUAAAAAAGAAGAAUACAUGUGGACAAAAAAGGAGCAAAUUGACUUCGUGGCAAACGACAAAGCAGAGUUUCAUUUACUAAGCCUUCUUUUGCCCAAAGAAGUCAAUUGGAUCGGCAGUUGUGACUCAGCUAAAGAACUUUGGAAAAAGUUUCUAGAACUGCACGAAGGGACCUCAGAAGCUAAACUCACAAGACAAGACCUGCUCCAGAAUCAACUCAACAACCUCUGGAUGAAAAAGAAAGAGACAGUAGCUCAUCUACAUGCAAGACUAAAGGAGUUGAUCACUGGACUAACGAACUCAGAGAAACGGUAACUGAUCAGAACUCCCAAAGGUAUGCAUUAAAUGCGUUCCCUAUUAGAAAUAUUAGAUUAUGCUUGAUUUCUAAAUAAACAUGAUAACUGAAUACAGAAGAAUAAAUCUAUUGUUGCUUUCGACUAUUGAUA